AUGUCAGGAGUUGAUAUUGGUGAAUGGGAGUUUUCUGUAAGAGCUGUAGUGACCAAGACUAUUGGUGAUAGAUGCCAUUCCACUCGAAUAAAUCAAUCAAUUUUAAAUGGAUUACUAAAAUAUAAUUUCAAUGAUGAACAAGUUAGAGACAUCCAAGUGCCUUUUUUGCAGUUUGGUGGCACAAGUGGACAAUUGUUAAUUGAAGAUCUGGAUAUGUGUAAAAAAACGUGCAAGACUAUAGAAAAUCUAGAAACAACACAUCAUGACUUUGAUGAUAUUUUUAGUGAAGAUGAUGAUAUAGUUGAUACAGCCAAACCUACUCAUUGUUUUACAUCAGGAGGCACUGAUAAAGAUGCUUAUGCUAUUUGUAAAUUUAUAAUUGAUGAUCGUCAGAUAGCUUUAGCACAAUCAUUUGCCAAAAAUAUGGGACUUUAUGGAGAAUGUGCUGGUGCAUUUUCAAUUAUUUCUGAAAGUUCAAAAGAAAAGGCAGCAAUUGAUUCACAACUUAAAAUACUAAUUAGGGUCAUGUAUUCUAAUCCACCAAUAAAUGGUGCAAGAAUUGCAAGUUAUGUACUGAAUGAUCCUGAACUAAAUAAAGAAUGGUUAGAAGAAGAAAAAUUAUGGCAAAUCGAAUUAUUACUAUGUGUGAUGUUGAUGACUUUCACUGAUCAAAUUGGAAUGUUUUGUUACACUGGAUUAAAACCUGAGCAG